AUGUCGUCCCCUAAAGCUAAGACGGUCGUCCUAAAUACGUCCGACGGGGAGACUUUCGAGAUGGAUGAAGCUAAGAUGGUCGAGCCGAAGACCUUUGACGGGGGGACGUUCGAGGUGGAUGAAGUUAAGGUCAUCCUGAAGACCUCCGAUGGGGAGACGUUCGAGGUGGUAAAGGAGGUCUCCGUCGAGUCGCUGAUGAUAAAGCACAUAAUUGAAAAAGAACUCGCCGACAUCGUCAUCUCGCUUCCCAACUCCUCGUCGGGGGUGCUUACAAGGGUAAUUGAGUACUGCAGGCGUCACGGGUUCGGGCAGUACGAUGACACAUUUAAGGUUACGAAGCCGAGUUCGUGA